UUGCUACCCAUGAAUUCUUUCCAAUCUUCACAGUAGACAGAAGGCUGGUGCCUCUGCAUCAAGCAAGCAUGAAGUCGGUUGCUGUAACUUUCUGGGUCCUCUGCUUUCAGUUUGAAGCCCUGUACGGAGUUGAUAGCUGCUCAUCAAGACCGUGCAAAAAUAUAGAUCAACCUCAUGUCUCUGACCCCCAGGUGAUGGUGGAAUUUGAAAAUGGAAACUUCAAGUUCACAUUCCCCAACCCCAAAAAUGUGAGUGAGUUCAGCAUGACCCUCUUCAAAGGGAAUGAAAAGAAGGAGAUCUGUGCACUCCAUUUGAGUGAAGAGAAAGUUAUCCCCAAGAGUAAUGUCACUUACUGUCAGACAGAGCAUUCAAAUAGCAGCACCAGUUUCAUUCUUAAAAAUCUGGAAAGCAAGCAUAUUGACAUUUAUACCUACUGCCUGGAGAUGUUCUUACCCCCUCCUUACAUAGAAUGCCGGCUGAAAGAAACCUAUUUGUACAUCCAAGACAAGAAAGACUGCAUUUCACUGGGAUUCAUGUCAUGGAUAAUUAUUGGCCUGAUCAUGUUUGCCAUGAUUUCCUGUGUCUGCUGUGUCAUAGCCUGUUGCUUAAGGAAUAAGAAUCAGCGGUGUGAAUCCAACUCCCAUGAGUACAACAGUGAAUACAUGCCCAUGGCAGCAGUGAAUGUAGCUAAAAAAACAAGAAUCUGAGGAACAAGUUGCUUGUGGCAUGGAGGUACUGGCAGCAGAGGUUUCUAGCUACUUGAAGCCAGACAAUGGGAAAUCAGCUUUCAUGAUGGUCCCGUGCUCAGUCAUGGAACACUCACUCUAGUACUGUACUGAGCUGUGUUCUGCUCUAGCCUUGUGCAUUAACUGGCAUGCUGCCUGAUCCACUGACUUGUACGUGAAAUGCUAACGAUGUGUUAAAGAUGUCAGCUUUUAGUUGAAGAAAAUGUAGUGAGUUUGCUUGACAGUAGAUUCCUGUAGUGCUGCUACAGGGGGAACCUUUUUUAUUUUCUACAGUCUCCAUGAUAAACUUUCCACUGGGGACAAAAAAAAGGGAAAAAAAAAAAAGGCAAAAAGAGACUACCUCCAAUGCAAAUCCUCAUGGCACAGCCAUGAAGGACUGUCAAUGUAUUGUGCAUGCCCUUUUCUUAGGGCUACUUUAGCCUGAUUCUAUUAACUCAUCCUCACGCUCACUGUCAAACUUUUUAGCACCACACUAGGAGAGUGCAGUAUGCACACACACUGUCCUGCACCAAGCUAUGGGACAGCAGGGAACAAAAAAUGAGACACAGUACAUCAGGUAUGUGCAUCUGCAUUUUUUGUGUUUGUGCUAUCAGUACAUCUUUGCCAUUCACACCUUGGGGCUCCUUUUAUGUAAUUAAAUUCUGAAUUCUUUUACUAACUGAAGAAUAUAUUGCAAGACUGCAAUUGUUCUUUAAAUCAGUUCACACCUGCAGGGUCAGUCCCUAAACUAGGAGGCACGAUCGUUCUCUCCUAUUUGUAUGUCUUGCAGCACAAAUACAGCAGUGUCCAUAAGUCCAGUGUAUUCAUGGACUCUGCAUUGCAAUUAUCUUCCUCUUGUGGUUGACACAAAACAUUUACCAGUUCCCCAGUGGGUUCAGGGGUUACUUGACCGGCCUUAAAUGGCUCAGAGCCUUCAGGAUGAAUGAAAUGAUCAGUCCUUCAUGCUCCUUGUGAAAUCCAUCAAAACUCUGACCAUAAAUGACCAGCUGGGAAUCCAGCUUGCAUUUGUUGCCAGACACCUUUUGUCUGCUGGAAGCAAAGCAGUGCAUUGAUUCUGAGUUUCUCUAUAAUACAUUCGAAAAACAAAUACUGGUCAGAGGACACUGUUGUAAAAUGUACAUAUCCUACUUGUCCAGCAAAUGGAAGGCUGGUUUCAAAUCUGAUAGGGCAAACAGGGACUGUCAGGCAUGAAGAUGACAUAAGCUGAUAUGUCAAGAACAGGGUUUUCCUCAGCAAACACCUAAAUACGGAGAAGUAUUGCAAAGAGAAGGUGCAAGUUGUUAAAUGUGACAUCAAGCAAAGGGGAAAUGAGUAAAGUAUCAAAUGAAGUGGGGACUGCCAAUUUCACAGUGGGUACCCUGCUUAGAUAACCAGCUCCUAGGCAGACAUGUAAAGGGGCACUCUGGUAUGUUGGGUAACAUUACAUUCUCUCCUAUAGUUCCCCACAUAACCUUUGCCAAAUUACUUGGCCUUCACAGCAAACAAAACUCUCUUCUGUACAUCCACAAAUAUACUGAUUUAACCAUUUAAAAAAAUAUUGGUAAAAUUAUUGCCUUUGAAAGUUACUGUCUUUGAAAAUUGUUGCUGAAAAUAGCUAACCCCUACUGCCUAUGAGAAAUGCUGGAUGGGAGACCCUAUGUAAUAGCAGAGUCCUUUCCCCUGUGACAUUUCAUGAGACUGAGAAGGAAAUUCAAGGAAUAAAGAGUUACUGAAACAAGGAAAAGCUUGAGUUUUGCCUUGAGAUGCUGCUGGAUAAAGGACAAAUUAUUUAAGUCUGAGCAAGGUAGUUCAAAAUACAUACAUGUUGCUCUGGAGAGAUAAAUGGUUUAUACUCAUUGAAACAAAGCUUUUGGAAGUCUCAGGUUCCAUCACUGCUUUCUUUUUGAAGAAGAGAUUUUUAUUCUUAAUAAAUCACUUUUUUAUUAUGCCCAGAUGUCCAUAAGAAAGUUCAUGUAUGCAUGCAUGUUGUGUGAAAGAAAUAAGCUCUAUAAAAUCCACAUGCAAUAGUGUGAGAGUACAAAGCAAUUUAUCCCUGUGUAGCAUCUUAGUGGGAAACAGGGAAAGAACUAAGGGGAGAGGACAUGAAAACCAAAAAUUUGGAUCUGUUUCUAUGCAGUGAGGUAAUGACACUGUUCGGAUCUAUUUGUUUCCUUUUAUUUUCAUGAGAAAGUCUAUUUUUCUAUUGUUCCAUCUCUUCUUCCUUUCUUUAAACCCCUUAUGCCAUAUACAGAUAAUGUUCAGGAUUGCUUUGGGACAUUUUUCAGUUUUUUUCUGCCAUUCUUCAAUGCCUCCAAAUCAAGAGGAGCUGGAAUAAGAUAAAGAAUGACAGAAUGGGGAAAAAAAAAACUGAAAAAAGUAACAUGAGCUGAGUCUACAGACUGUGUGACAAGAAAGAAUUAAAAUAAAAGGAAACAAAAAAGGAGUCAAUAAGAGUAAACAAAAAGCCUUAUAAUCUAACAGGUCAGCAUUUCAAAAAGGAAAAACUCUCUUCGGAAACUCCUAGUUUUGGGAAAACACAAUUUUAGCAGAAGGAAAAAAAAACCCAAGUGAGAGUAUUUUAGCCAACUCUUCCACAAAAUCCACUUUCACGACAAGCAGAAGCAUGAGUAACAUCGAAAUAAUAUCCAAGAAAUCAGAGGUUUGAGGGUAAAAUAAAUUACUAAGACACAAUCUCAGGCUAUGUUUUCUCUGUUUGCUAAAUAAUGGUUCAGGAUUGUAACAGAAAUUUUACGAUUGUAUGACAGUCCAUGAUGGGGGUUCUACAAUCUGUCCCUCUCCCUCUCCACCUUUGCCUUCUAUUGCUUUAUGGGGAAUAUGACUGAAAAAGCAUUUUGGCUGGGGCUUUUCCAGGAACUGAAUCCCUAACAACAGUGUUUGUGUAAAACCAGGUUCUGUCAUACAACAUGUAACAUAGGACUCAGUAUCAGUAAGAUGCUUUCAUCCUUUCUGAUUUAUCAUUCUGUAAGUUGUCCCACAUGUAUUUACACUCACUGAUGCCCUUUAGAUCUUCCCAGUCCAUACCAGUAUGAAGUCAGUAAGUCAGUAAACCAAAUAGGUAUGUACAGCAAAGAACUACUCGUAAUCUCAUUGCAGGUUAAGUCCUGAAAUAAAAAUUUACAACUUGAAUAAAUUUAAUCUUGCUGAACAGAUAGUAUGACCUAAGGUGAACAGGUGAAAGAUAUUAAGGAUGACAACUACGGCUACUCCAAAAUUUAAGGAAGGAUAAAUGACAAGAAUAUCCUAAUUUAAACACCUGUGUUUCUUGAGAAGGUUUGAAAUCCAGACCUUGAGAUAUAUUUUGCAAGCUUAUCUUCCCAGCCUGAAUUAUGAACCCAAAUCUGAAUGCUCUUGGAGUUUAAUGAUUAGAUUCAAGAUCAUUAUUUUGUACUAAUAUAUAGCACUAGGAAUGAAAUGACACUAUGAAACAUUGCGGGGCGUUUUCCCUUAGUACUGGUAUUCGGUUAACUUCAAACUUCAAGGAGUUUUAAAUUCUGUCAUACUUCUUACAAGCUUUUACAAAGUUUAAUUAAGGCUGGGGAAAAGAGGCUCUUGAACCAGAGUAAAGCAAAGUGAAUUGAAACGAGGACUGUACACCAUUAUUAUUAGUGUUUUACAAUGUGGAGGGUCCCUUAUGCAUGUGAAUCUGUAAAUUGCCAUGUAGAAGAGCACAACAAUAAUAAAAAUUAAAAAAAUAGA